ACGACGCUUUGGCGGCCCGCGCCUUUGAAAUGCCCGUCCAUUCGUGUGCUCAGUAUUGCCACGUCAUUCAGCCGAGAUGUGACGCGUGAAGCUGCCACACGCAACGCGCGAGGCCUGGUGGGCUCACUGUUGCAUAGCAGCAGGACGCCCAGACACGCCUGUUGUUCAGGGCGCCACAGCACCGCUCUCAACCGCACCAUCCCCAGCACUGCCACUCAUAGUGCUGCUGCUAGUGGCGGGGAUGGAAGUAGGGGGGACAGGGGAAGCAGGCAAGCGCUCAGGGCGGGGCAGGGAAAGGGGCGGAGCAGGGGGCGUAGGAGUGGAUUUGUGAGGAGGUGGCGAGGAGGCCCGGGCAGAUCAGCAUGGUGCAGCUGGGAGGGACCCAUGACCAACCUCGCCCGGCCACAUCUCCUUGUCUAA